AUGAAGUUCUCGCUUGCUCUCCUCGCUUUCGUCCCCGCCGUGGCCCUCGCUGCCCCCCUCGAGCCCCGUCAGGGCGGUGUUGCCGUCAACUGCGGUGGUCAGUACUACAGCGCGUCCCAGGUCAACCGUGGAAUCAACAACGCCAAGAGCGGACAGUACUCGAGCUCCGGCUACCCUCACACCUACAACAACUACGAAGGAUUUGACUUCAGCGACUACUGCGAUGGCCCGUACAAGGAGUACCCACUCAAGACCAGCUCCUCGGGCUACACUGGUGGCUCCCCCGGAGCUGACCGUGUGGUGUACGACAGCAACGAUGGCACUUUUUGCGGCGCCAUCACCCACACCGGCGCUUCCGGCAACAACUUUGUGCAAUGCGAUUACUAG